AGACGUCAGAUGCCAUUCGAAAGUGUCAAAACUCUUUGGUGUCAAACAAAGUUUUGAUUCUCGGUUUCUAAUUUCCAACUUUUUAGGUUUAUUAAAAGAAAUAUAAUUAUUUUAUAAUAUACCUCUGAGAAAGUCAAAAUGGAGAGUAAUAUCUCUGUUUCAUCAACAUCAUCUAGACCAACCCGUUUUAUGAUGGAAGGAGUAGGAGCUCGUGUGAUUCGAGGUCCAGAUUGGAAGUGGGGAAAACAGGAUGGAGGAGAGGGCCAUCUUGGCACUGUAAGGAAUUUUGAGUCUCCAGAAGAAGUAGUAGUCGUUUGGGAUAAUGGAACAGCUGCAAAUUAUAGAUGUUCAGGUGCCUAUGAUCUGCGGAUUCUGGAUAGUGCCCCUACUGGUGUGAAACAUGAAGGAACUAUGUGUGAUACUUGCAGGCAACAACCCAUAUUUGGUAUACGUUGGAAAUGUGCUGAAUGCAGCAAUUAUGAUCUAUGCUCUGUCUGCUAUCAUGGAGAUAAACAUAAUUUACGUCAUAGAUUUUAUAGAAUUAGUGCACCAGGGGCACAACGAUGUUUGGUUGAACCACGAAGAAAAAGUAAAAAACAGGCUGUCAGGGGUAUCUUUCCAGGAGCCAGAGUCGUAAGAGGGGUGGAUUGGCAGUGGGAAGAUCAAGAUGGUGGAAAUUGUAGGCGUGGAAAAGUCAAUGAAAUCCAAGAUUGGUCAGCAGCUAGUCCACGAUCUGCUGCAUAUGUUGUGUGGGAUAAUGGUGCCAAAAAUCUCUACAGGGUAGGCUUUGAGGGAAUGGCUGACCUGAAGGCCGUUAAUGAUGUGAAAGGUCAGAAUGUGUACAAGGAACACUUGCCAUUGCUAGGCGAACUUGGCCCUGGAAGAACAGGCCCACAUGGACUACAAGUUGGUGAUCAGGUGAAUGUAGACCUUGAUCUUGAAAUAGUACAGUCACUACAACAUGGUCAUGGUGGUUGGACAGAUGGUAUGUUCGAGUGUCUCGGCACCACCGGUACUGUGGUUGGCAUAGAUGAGGACCACGACAUUGUUGUAACUUAUCCAAGCGGAAAUAGGUGGACAUUUAACCCUGCUGUUUUAACUAAGAUAUUCAGCGGCGCGUACACGACGACGAGCCCGACGGGCGGCGCGGGCGCGGCGGGUGCGGGCGGAGGGUUCGCGGUGGGAGACCUCGUGCAGGUCUGCGCCGACCAGGAGCGGGUCAAGGCGCUGCAGCGAGGACACGGGGAGUGGGCCGAGGCCAUGGCACCUACUCUUGGCAAGAUAGGACGAGUGCAGCAGAUUUAUCACGACAACGAUCUAAAGGUGGAAGUGUGUAAUACGUCAUGGACGUACAAUCCGAACGCGGUGACAAAAGUUGCGUCGUCCGAUGGCAGCAUUCCGGGAAACUCUUCAGGUGAACGGUUAUCGGCGCUUUUAAAAAAGUUAUUUGAAUCCCACGUGACCGGAGACGCAAACGAGGAGCUGGUGAAGGCGGCCGCCAAUGGCGACGCGACGCGCUGCGCCGAGAUACUGGCGCGCACCGACGGCGCACAGGCUGACGUCAACGGCUUCUACGGCGGACACACCGCGCUGCAGGCGGCCGCGCAGAACGGCCACGUGGAGGUGAUCCGCGCGCUGGUGGAGGCGGGCGCGGAGGUGGACGCGGAGGACCGCGACGGGGACCGCGCCGCGCACCACGCCGCCUUCGGGGACGAGCCGGCCGCCCUGCGCGCGCUGGGCGCCGCCGCCGCCGACCUCAACGCGCGCAACCGCCGCCGCCAGACGCCGCUGCACAUCGCCGUCAACAAGGGACACCUCGGCGUCGUGCGCACGCUGCUGCAGCUCGCCGUGCACCCCGCCCUGCAGGACUCUGAAGGCGAUACACCCCUGCAUGAUGCCAUUUCAAAAAAGCGUGACGACAUGCUAACGCUGCUACUAGAACAUGGAGCCGAUAUGACCCUAACAAACAAUAAUGGUUUCAACGCUCUGCAUCACGCGGCGCUCCGCGGCAAUCCAAGUGCAAUGAAGAUAAUGCUGGGUAAGCUUCCGAGAUCGUGGAUAGUAGACGACGCCAAGGACGAUGGCUACACAGCUUUGCAUCUGGCUGCCCUGAACAACCACGCCGAGGUCGCGGAGCUACUGGUGCGCGCAGGAGCCCGUCCUGACCUACAAAACGCAAAUUUACAGACAGCUCUUCACUUGGCUGUAGAGCGUCAACACACUCAAAUAGUUCGGCUACUAGUAGCUCAUGGAGCCAAUCUUAAUAUUUGUGACAAGGAUGGUGACACACCGUUACAUGAAGCGCUCCGGCAUCAUACCCUGCAGCAGCUCCGUCGUCUACAAGAUGCACGAGACUCUGCACUGCUCACAGGCCUCUCACAUGCUCAUGACAAAAAGUCGUCUGCGUCGAUAGCUUGUUUCCUCGCGGCUCACGGUGCCGAUCUAACCGUCAAGAAUAAAAAAGGUCAAACACCUCUUGACCUCUGUCCGGACCCCAAUCUCUGCAAGACGUUGACUUCGUGCCGCAAAGCUGGCGCGUCGGCCACCGACAGUACUCCAGAGAGUGAGCCAGGCUCCUCCGCUAUCAGCACAUCGGCGCCCGCUGCGGACUCUAUAUCGGCAGGAGACACGCAGCCGCAGUCAGACCCCACAGCCGAUGAAUGUCUCGUAUGCUCCGAUGCUAAGAGAGACACUCUGUUCCGUCCUUGCGGACAUAUCUGUUGCUGCAAUGCUUGCGCCGCCAGGGUGAAGAAGUGUCUGGUGUGCCGCGCCGGCGUGUCGUCACGCGAGCGCGUGCCUGAAUGCAGAGUGUGCUCGGAGGCGCCAGCCACGGUGCUGUUCCGUCCGUGCGGCGACGUGUGUGCGUGUGCGGCCUGCGCUCCGCUCAUGCGAAAGUGCGUGGAGUGUCGCACGCCGCUACAGUCUGCACAACCCGCACAACCGGUCCCGCAUCCCGUCACGCAACCCAUCGCGCAACCCGCCGCGCAGCCUACCCCGCAGCCCGCCCUGCACCACAACAACAACAACAACAACGCUCUCAACAUCGAUCUUGAAAAGGACAGCAGUAGUAAUUUAGCUCAGGUGCAAGUGAAUAAAGGGCAGCCCGCGGCGACGCCGGCCGCGCCGCACUUCAUGAACAACGGCUCGCGGUUCGCGCCCGCCCCCGCCCCCGCGCCCGCCUCCGCGCUCGCCCCCGCACCCGACGUGCAGAAACUGCAACAACAACUACAGGACAUUAAGGAACAGACGAUGUGCCCGAUAUGUUUGGACCGCCUCAAGAACAUGAUAUUCCUGUGCGGCCACGGUAUGUGCCAAAUGUGCGGCGAUCGCAUUACCGUGUGUCCCAUCUGUCGCAAACAAGUCGAGAAACGCAUACUGCUCUACUGAAUGAUACCGAUAAGUUUUACCACAGAUUAAAAAUAUACAUAAAAAAAUCCUGAUGGUUAUCUUUGCGUGUUGGCAACAUCGUUUGCGUUUCCAUUAAAUCAGUUGGCAAAUGACGCAGGCGUUAUGAUGUCAGUUGCUCUUGAAAUAUCAGCGGUACACUGGCAAGGAAAAAGGCUGUACGCGAAACGGAUUUGUCCACCACAUCUUGUUGAAUUGUUUCAAAACUAGUAUUUUUUAAUUAACAAUUUGGGAAGUAGAAAAGUAAAGAAACCAUUUACUUUAAUUUUUAAAAUUAAUAAAACUAAUUUAAGUAAUUUUAUUUUGAUUAAAAAUAGAGCGCGUGAUAUUGAAAGUUGAAAAUGUCAAGGAACAGACUGUCAACAGAUUUUUUAUAAAUUUCCAAACUAACAGUCAAACCAAUAUGUAAUAACCGAUAUUAUUACCGGUGUCUCUGGCGUAAAGCGAAAGUGGUCGCUUUAAGCGUCAGAUGGUAAAGUGACGUGUACGCGAAAAAUAAUUUCGAGCGAAAAUAUAUUUUUUCUGGCGCCUUUUGUGAGAUGCGGGGCUGCCCCAAACGAAAAUAAAAAGUAAAAUCAAGAGUACAAAAACCAGCUGUACAAAAUUCAAAAUACUUUUUGGAGGAAGAAAUAAGUAAUAAACUAUUUUAUACGUUUAUUCACAUUGAAUACGUCAACAGUGAUAAUUUUUACCCAAAUUGUGUGUAAAGAACUAUUAAAAUAACAAAAAGAAUAUUUUUUUAAAGGGGGUACCUACAACUUUUCUCUUCCAAAAAUGUUUUUUUUUUCAAUUCGAUUUGAAUUCUAUUCGUAUUAACUUUCAACAAUAAUGGAUAAAAUAAAAUUUAAGAAAUGAAAUAAGUUUCAGAAAUUUCUGUUUUCUUUAAAAACAUAAAUAUAAUCUGAAAUACAAUUGAUUGUGUUACGCCGUUGACAAGAUAGGCAAUCCCGCUCUACCUUGUCUCUUUCGCUCUACUGCGAGACCUUAGGCAGGCCCUAAUUACUAUACUAUUCCCUAAAUAAGAAUCAAUUAAAUUUACUCGUUAUUAUGGGCAAAUAAAUGCAUUUAACGUGAUGGGGUUAGGUUUAAAAAGUAUAUAUAUGUAGUUGUUUUAUACAACUUAAUUUUUUUUCUUGUUUACCGACUGCUAUUAACCUCAAGAGGCUAUACAAGCUUCGCCGAAUUUGUAGGCGAGUUAGAGUAGUUUUCCCUAACUAGUGUUUCGCUGAAUCUACCACUGGAUCGGAAUCGCGACCCACUGAGAAGAUCCGGGGAGAAACUCAGUGGGCUGUAUCUGUGGAUUAUGCACGACGAACCCUUCGUUGCAUUCGAGCGAGUACGACUUAUAAAAACUGAACUCUUGUGUAAAUUAAAUAUGUCGUGGUUUUGUUUAUUCGUAUAUUAUAUAUUAUAGACGCUUCGUCUUUUACGCCAUGUUGUAAGUAAGUGUAACCUUCCCUGGAAAAUUUACAGCGUAGUACCGCCAAGCUGCGACAGACGGCGCGCGAAUCGUUUUAUGGCUAUUUAACGUGGCUUAGCUUCACAAGUAAUUUAAUGAAUGUAAUGUAAUGUAAUGAAUUGUAGUCCUGUUUUAGGCGAUAUUUAUCGACGUUAGAAACAUAAGAUCAAAAUAUAGUUUAUGUAUUUUUUGUCUUUUUUCUUAGUCUCGGUUUCUAAACUAAAACAUUACAUACUACUUAUUUAAAAGAGAUAUUAUAAUUUAAAAUGUUCGAUUUGAAAAGAUAAAUUUAAUCAUAGAUAUCCACCGUUAAGUUAACGUUAAUUCAAGGUACUCUCUAACUACUUUCAAAAUGAAGAAGUGACAUCGUCUACAAAAUCUAUAAAUUAACGAAAAAAUAAACGAUUUCAUAACUUCUAUUAUUUUAUCAUAUAAUAAGAAACAGUAUACACUAUUUAUAAGAGUGCUUUGAGGUGGAAUAUUUUUUGUAAUUUUGCAUAUGAUUAUAUAAAAUUCAAAACUAUCUUAAACCAAAUUUUAAGAUAACGUAGGCAAUAACAAUGUAAACUUUAUAGUAUCUUAAAGAUCACAUUUCGAACAAUAAUUGUAAAACAAACUUUGUAAAUAAAUACUGUAUGUACAGUUCGACCUCUGUACAACUUUUGUAAUAAAUUUACAAAUAUUAUAUUGUUUAAUUAGUACUGUGGUUUAAUUAUUACUACAACGAGACUAAAUUAUUAUACAAAAUAUAGAUUAAAACUACCAUUUUGUAUAAAAGGUGUAAACGGGCAAAAUUUUACAGUAAUAUGCGGUUAAAUAGUGUCGCCAGCAAUAUCAGCAAGCUUUGGCUGCAAUAUAAAAAUAUUUUUGUCCAGCAAAAUUGCGAAACCAAAACAAGUCUGCAAUAUUUUCGUAGAUAUUUUGAAUAGGUCCGGAGAAGCAUUCUGCAGUAAAAAACACACCGAUAUUAUCCGGCAAAUUUAUGUUUGUUCCAUCACUCACCAUCACCCAUAGACUUCAGCCAAGUUAGUCAAGCCGCUCUCCAAAAUGAUACAGUAUUAACACAGUAAUAUAUGUGGACUUCUGCUAGAACCUCGAGCAUACCUGCAAAUCAAAGCAAACUACUAAAAUAAAUUGUUUUUCUCAAUGAAGUAGAUAUAACUAGCUUGUGUAAUGUGAAAAUUGGCAUAUUAUAAGAGACAGGAAUGUUAAAUCAUUAAAGUAUGUACUUACAAAAUCAAAUCGACACUAUCGAUAUUAUUCCAUCUCAUUGAAGCCCAAACUGUUCCAUAAAAGUAAGUUACCUAAAUAAUAAAGUACGUACCAUAAUAAGCAAGUAAAGGUUGUCAGCAAGACCGAACAAUGUACAAAAAAAAACAGUCAAAAAUAUUACCCGUUUAGGAACUCCAGUACAUCUACAGGAAUGCAUUUACGAUAGUUUGUAAACAAUUUUAUGGAUGUUACGCCGCUAACUGAAUAAAAUUUAGAUCAAUAAAAGCGUGUGCUUUCCGGAGGUAAUUAUUAUUGCUAUUAAUGUGAUAUGGAUUUUUACUAGUGGUAGGACCUCUUGUGAGUCCGCGCGAGUAGGUACCACCACCCCGCUUAUUUCUGCCGUGAAGCAAUAAUGCGUUUCGGUUUGAAGGGGGGGGGGGGGGGGGGGGGCAGCCGUUGUAACUAUACUUGAGACCUUAGAACUUAUCUCAAGGUGGGUGGCGCAGUUACGUCGUAGAUGUCUAUGGGCUCCAGUAACCACUUAACACCAGGUGGGCUGUGAGAUCGUCCACCCAUCUAAGCAAUAAAAAAUUAAAAUAUGUGGUAAAAUCAAGUGACGACUUAUGCUCGGCGCCGCGGAGUCGAUGUGGUCGCGUCCAUUGUAAUGGCUGUUUGUAAUUAUGACGCGGCGCAAUCCACACAAAUCCCUAAAAACAUUUUUAUUCAGUCAGCAGUCUAAAAUAUAUAAUGUAGGAACCGUCUGGGUUACCCAGUUAAAAUCGCAUUUAAAUAAAUAUUUUAAAUCCUUAUUGCCUUAUUUUAUUGUUCUUUUAACUCGUGAUUCUUGUUAGAAUAUGUUUCACAAAAUAUCUCACACAGGAUAAAGAUUCUCUUAAUUAUUAUUUUUAAUUUACAAUUAUACAUUAUUAAAUUCAUAUCACUCAUUCUAUAGCAUGUUAUUUUUUUAUAUGAUUAGAAAAAAAAUAUUAGUAAGCUUUAUAUUUAAAAAUAAUUAUUGUUAUUGUUGUUAUUAUCUCAAUAUUACUAAGCAUCUAACACAACGAUGCCGUAUUUAAUCUAAUAUUAAUAUAAAUGUGUAUUGGAAAUGAAAUAAAACUAAAUAAUAUAAA